AUGACUAUGAUGGAGAACACAAACACAUUUGGAAACAUAUGGAGAAGACGAACAUCUCUAAAACAAAUGGAGAAGACGAACAUCUCUAAAAACAGAUGGAGAAGACUAACCCUAGAUAUGAUUUCUCCUUCUGUUUUCUCCAUCUCCAUUGAUAACCGACGAGUUCAACAAUUUGUUAUGGGUGUUUUUUUGUUCAUCUGGACUGAUUUUCAGGAAGAAGAAGAAGAUGGAACCGCUGAAGUAAAGUCGCAUAAACCCUCGUUUCGGAAGAAAUUGCUUCAAGAUCAGAAAUCGACAUCUAAACUCAAUAUACUCUUACAUCAGCAAUCAAUCUUAAUGUUUUUUUCAAGUUGGGUUUGAGGCUUUUUUUGGUGGACAAUAUUGCACCUGUAGGAUGUGAAAAUUUUCAGGUAUCAUAACAUUAAACUUGUAAAUGGAAGUAGCAUGCGAAAACUACAUGAACCCUUUUCUUUCUAAAAGCAAAAUAAUGCCUGGUAUGCUCUCAACCAAAAGGAAGAAGGAUGCAACUGAUGAGGAUGAUAUAAUAAAAGUAUCUUCUACUAGGAACUAUACAUGCAAAAACUGCUUACAAAGGGGUCAUAACACGAGAUCUUGCAAAAAUCCAACACAAAACCGGCCCCCAAAGUUGAAAAAGAAACGUGGUAGGCCUAGGAUUCAUAUACCUGUGACAAACAUUGUGUAUGAAACUCGAGAUGCUGAAACACAAGUAAAAAUCAAAGAUAUGAGAGAUUCUGGGUAUACAUCUGUUGAGAUUGAAGAAGCCCUAUCUGUAGAAAAAGACGAGGAAGGGAUUAUUGAUAAGACUCAACUUCUGGUUUAUGACAAACACACACGAAGGUCGGAGAGGAUCGUGAAAAUCAAACUGUCAAAACCAGUAUAUGACAAAGAUGGAGGGGGGUCUUGUAUAGAGAAGGCACUAACUUUAGAUUAGAUGUAAUUUGUUUUGGUUUAGUUGUUGGCCUUUUUGUAAACAUUGUGAUGUGAUGGUUAAAUUAGAAUGAUAUUCCUUUUGAUGCUA